AUGUUCCCCGAUGAGCUCAAGGGACUGACGCCGGUCGAAGAGAAGCUCAUCUCGCUGAACUCAUGUUACGGGCAUGUCAGGGGCCACAUCACGGUGUUUCCGAACAAUGUGCAGGAGCUGGCCACCAAAGUGCUCCCGCACCCCCUUUUGCAAGCACUGGACGAGAUCCACAUCUCGUGGCAGGGCGCGGAGAAGCCGGCACCGAGCGACCUGUCGAGUCUCUUGUCGGUGAGGCGGCGGGUGGUCGAGAGGGCCCUUGUCUGGCUGAAGCGGAACAACCCCACUACGCCGAGAUCGAGAUCGACGCGGCGGAGAUGGAGAGCUGGGAGACUCGAUACACGGGGUACCGUCGUCGGUGUGCGAUCGUAUGGAGCGGAACGAGCCGUCUGGGUGGGAGAAAGCGCGGACGGCGCACGUUGUGCCGCCCACGGAACGCGCCGUGGACGAGGAGGGCCGGUGGAGAUCGAGGAGCUCUUCGCCCUGCUCAACCAAGGACAAGAAGCCGGCGGCCAGGGUGAAGGUCACGGGCCCAACGGAGAAGGCGCGGUUCGCGAUGGAAGUGACGCCUGCCCCGACCAGAACGUUCCAGCGAUCAACGAGGUGACGUCUUCUGGCAUGUUCGCGCUCGACGGACCGCCAGACGUCGCGGACGUGGAGAAGCUGCAGUUUGCCUGUGACGCUGUUGGUGAAGGUGCCGACGACGGCCGUGCGGGCCCGAGAGCGUGGGUCGGGUCCCUAGCCGGGGGGGUUCGGGGGCGUGGCGACGGUGGUUGUGAGCCAUACAUCCGGGUUUCGCGGGGUGAGUUUACCGAUUCCUUUGAGGCGUCCUUCUUUGCCAGGACGUUCCCGACCCUGUUCCCAUUUGGCGUUGGGGACCAAGGCUGGUUGAAGAGACCAUGGUCGACGCGGGAAGGUCACGGCCAACUUGCGAGGCAGGGCUGUCGAGGCAGAGGCGGCCGCGGAGACCCCGUAUCGUCUCGAAGCUUGAACCUUCAGGCGUGGGCCGAGAUCGUGCUCCGGCGCCAUGGUGGUCGAUUUGCACUGCACCACAUCUUCGCAUUUCUCGUCUUCAACAUGGGGGUGCGAUCGAGGAACCGCCGGGUCAGCAUGUUGAGUGUGGGGAGGAAGAACUUCCGCAAGGUAGAGCGCAUCUCGCUCAUCGUCGGAUAUGGCGUGCCGGCCAUCUGGUUCACCAUCAACCCGAACGACAUUACGAACCCGGUGAAGCUGCGACUGGCGGCAUACCGCACACGCGAUCCCGACGCGGCCGAGGAGUUCUUAGAAGGCCUUGGGGAUGCGUAUAAGCGGGCACGGCUGGCGAUAUCGGAUCCCAUGAGCUCGGCCGUGUUCUUCCACCGCGAGAUGAAGCUGUUCUUCGAUCAUUACGUGAAGGUCGGUGAAGACUCGAUGCUUGCCGACAUCCACGGGGAGGGUCAGGCGGCGUAUCGCGAGCGAAUCGUCCGAUACAUCGAUAGCGUCUUCUCAGAGGAUCUGGACCAGGAAAGUUUUUGCGCCGUGCAAGCGGAGCGAUCUGUGACGGGCGGUAUUGGUUCCCUGCUGGACAACGCCGCGCAGUUCUCGGCCGCGUUUAUCGAGGAGGCCAACUUCUGUGCCGGCGCGACGCAGGAGGGCGGAAGGGGACCUCUGCCGGUUCAAGGCGCCAUGGAGAUCCGGAGGACACACAGCAUGGUCAAUCGAUGGAACGAGGCUAUUGCUGUCGGGCUCCGGCACAACCAUGAUAUUUCCUUCAUUGCGACGCAGCGCAAGACAAUGGCCCUCAUCUAUUAUGUCACGAACUACGCGACCAAGGUGGAGGACCCGGUGUGGAAGCGUGUGGCGGCCGCGGCCGAGCUCCUGGCCGCCUCAACAGGUGAUGGCACGGCCAACGGAGGGCGGGACGGUGGCGGAGACGCUGCCACCGAUGACCCUGUCGGGAACAGGACGCGACAGUUCCUGAUGAGAGUGGCGAACCGCGUGUUCACGGAGCGUCCGCUAUCACAGGUCGAGGUCGUCGCUCACCUUCUCGGAUAUCCGGCCGAGUUCACCGACAGCAGCGCGUGGGCGUACCUGAACUGUUCUCUGCUGUACUGGGAAGUCUUUCGGCGAUGGCGGCAUCUCCGAGAAGCCAGUGGCGCUGCGGCUAUGGAUGACACCUUGGAUGAGUCGGUGCUCAGGCGGCCGGGCAAGCACGCUACCGUCUGCCUCGACGGCUACCUGAGCAAGGACUUCACCUACGAUGACGAGUCGUGCUACCGGAGGGCAGCCGUGCAGCAUCUUGCGCUGUUCGUGCCGUGGAGUCCUUCCUGGGCGAAGGAACAGCUGCUUCGACGAUCCGCCGAAGACGCAAAACGCGACGCCAAGCAAUGGGCAGCCUCGUCCGGCGAUGGCGACCCGACGGUCGCACACGUCGAGGAGGGUGGAGCAGGCGAGGCGGGCGCGGAGUCUGCAGCGACAUAUCAGCCCAACAGCAUCGGAGACGCAACGCGGCUCAUCGACGUCGUCCGAGGUGCAGUGGGAGCGAAUCAGGUGACGGCCAAGUCGCCGGAGCUCAUGGCAAUGAUACAGCAGCUCUGUCGGUUUCAGCAAUCGGCGCUGCGCUCGACGGCCGAGCUCGAGGCCACGGCGCUGAUCGAACGAGGGGAGAGGCGGCUAAGCAUGCCAGGGCGGGGAUUUUCCGGGGCCGCACUACCGCCGCAGGAUCAGGUCAAGGCUAUCAAGUCGCAGCAGCUGCGCCAGUUCGUCGGUGGCGAGGGCGGUACCGGCAAGUCGCGAAUCAUCGAGGCACUCGUCGAGCUGUUCAGUAAAAAGAGCCUUUCGAAUCGUCUGCUGAUCACGGCGACGUCGGGGACUGCGGCGGCGCGGAUCAACGGCAUCACGUUCCACUCCGCCUGCGGGUUCACUAAAGACCAAGGGGCGGGGGGCGCGAACAUGGUCAAAGACCUUGACGGGGUGCGGCUGCCGAAACAGGCGGAGCGGUUCAUCCACGGCCAGUCUCGAAUGGAUUGGCAGGAGAAGGAUGUGCUCGUCAUCGACGAGGUGAGCAUGCUCGGGGCGCGGACGCUGCACGCCGUGAACGAGCGGCUUCGCCGGCUUCGCGGAUCGCGGCAAGAUUUCGGGGGGAUCCCCAUCGUCCUCUUCUGCGGAGAUUUUCAGCAGUUCCGGCCGGUCCAAGAGAGGUCGAUCGUCCUGCCUAGCGCGGCCAUCUCGUGGGACGUAGACAACUCGUUCAAGGCCGAGCAGCGUCACCAGCACGACAAAGCGCACGCACUGUGGAAGAGGUUCACGACGGUCGUCAUGCUGGACGAGCAGAUGCGCGCCGCCGGCGACCCGGAGCUGCAGAGGCUGCUGAAGCGGAUCCGUCUAGGCGUGCAGGAUCGGACGGAUCUAAACCUCCUCAACUCAAGGAAUCGGUGGAACCUGAACAUGGAGGCGAGCCUGGCGUUCCGGGUCCAGCAGCGGUCGACGAUGCGCAUUUUCAUCUCCGAGCACAAGUGGAAGGAGGAGCUGCCGACGGAGGAAGAGGCGAUCAUGAUACUCAACCAGGGCGACGAUAGCGCGAUCCCGGUGCCGGCCGUCUUCAUGUUCGUGGCCGGGAUGCCCAUCGUGGUGAACCACAACACCCACCAGGGGCUGAAGCUAGUGAACGGCGCGAGCUACUCGGCGGUGGAGGUCAUUGUCGACAAGGCGUACCCGGGGCAUCGGAUCUCGGCCGAUAUGACGAUCCACUUCGGGCCGCCGGCGGGGAUCAUUCUCGAAUCGGAGACGACGAGAUAUCUCCACUUCUGCCAGCGAAAAAGGCCGUGGCAACGCAACGACGUCAGCCGAAAGGGUUUGCCGUGCGCAGCAGCGUUCGCGUGCACGGACUACAAGGUGCAGGGCAAAACGCUGGAGCGCGUGGCCCUCGAGCUGCGAGGACACGGACGACGAAGAUGGAUGGAACGGUGGUGCCCUCGCAACGGCAUCAUGCUCGUGUCCAAGGUGCGGGACAGAGACUUGGUGGGCAACCGGGUCCCCGAGGAGAUGACUGCCGCACAGGCCAGGCUCGAGGUACUGAGCGAGAGGACCGUUGAGGAGGCGUUGCGCUGGCUGGACGGUGAUGCUGAAGAGUCAAGGCGGCCGCGCUAG